AUGGUCACCUUAUCCCAAAAUUUGGAUUUGAAAUCAUCAACAUCACCUGAAAAAGACGGAAACUUGGCUGCACAGCCUAAUCUUACCAAACGUCGCUCCUUUGGAAACUCCAUCUCGACAAGCAGAGGUACAAUUAUGUCUCCAAUGGGCUCAACCCACCGGAUCCCUGAGAAUGAGGGGAACCAUACCCUUCUGCAGAAAGCUACAAAAUGCAGCUUUGCAGAGAAAAUGAUUGUUAGUGCUGUGUCCCACCCUAUAACAGGGUCUUCCAACCUCAUUUUAACUGCCUCGGCGUUGACGUAUUGGAAACCCCCUCAUUCCACUCCUUUUGCACACAUCGGGGUUUCGCCUGUAUCGGUUGCACGCCAUAGCGGCAUCCAAACUGACAAUACCUUUAUUGGUAGUCCUUCCGUGGAGACAUCUUCUGGCGCUUCUGGCAUGAAGAGAAGAAGUAUUUUUAUUGCUAUCGGGGUUGUUUCGGCCGCUGUCUGCUUAUUUGUGCUUCUUUUCGAAUGGAGCCGGCGUCGUAACAAGCGCAAAGGCAUCAUAUGGAUAGGAUAUCCCCAAAACAUGAGCUCGCAACCACGAGACCCGGGCCGAUCUCAUUUCUCGGUAGACUCCUCACCUGCCCCUUAG